UUGUUUCGGUUGUUGUAAUAUUGAAACGGUUGAAGUUGAUAAAAAUAUGCCUUCAAGCCAUGACUAUUAGUGACCAAUGGGCUUCUUAUAGGGAGGAUGAUGUUAGAAAAGCUCAAAAGGUGAAAGAUAUGAUUCUAAGUGAUUGUUGGUGGGAUGUUGUUGAUUAUAUCCUUGAAUUCACAACACCUAUUUAUGAUAUGCUACGAGCAGCUGACACAGAUAGACCUUGUCUUCAUCUUGUUUAUGAAAUGUGGGAUUCAAUGAUAGAGAAGGUGAAGGCAGUAAUAUAUCGGCAUGAAGGCUUGGAAGAUGAUGAGUAUAGCUCAUUUUUUAAUGUGGUGUAUGAUAUACUCAUUGAUCGAUGGACUAAAAAUUGUACACCACUACAUUGCUUGGCUCAUUCCUUAAAUCCCAAGUAUUACUCCAUUAAAUGGCUUUCGAAGAAUCCAAAGCGCAUUGCUCCACAUCAAGAUCAUGAAAUUUCUAUGGAAAGGAGCAAGUGUUUGGAGCGAUACUUUGAAGAUGAGAAUGAAAUAAGGGUGAUGAAAGUUGAGUUUGCUGCAUUUUCAGGAGGGAGGUUUCCUUCACCAGAUGCCUUGACAGAUAAGUGGGCCUUACAACCUUUGGUUUGGUGGCAAUACCAUGGCUCCUCAUUACCAACACUUCUAACCCUUGCCCUUAAACUUCUUGGACAACCUUGUUCAUCCUCAUAUACUGAGAGGAAUUGGAGCACAUACAAAUUCAUUCAUUCAUUAAAAAGAAACAAAAUGACUCCUGCAUGUGCUGAGGAUUUGGUAUAUGUGCAUUCUGAUCUUCGACACUUGUCAAGGCACAAUGAGGAGUAUGUAAAUGUAGCAACAGAGAUGUGGGAUAUUGCAGGAGACUCUUGGAAUGACAGUGACAUACAUGGAGGAGUUAGAAUUCUUAAGAAUGCUACCCUUACACUUGAUGAGCCAGAGUUGGAGGCCAUGGUUAUUGGGAAUGCUAGCACUAUUGUUACUACUAGUGAAAGUGAAGUUCGAAGUGAAGCUAUUGAUCUUGAUGAUGAUGAUGAGGGUUUUUCAAACUUAAUUUGUGAUAUUGAAUUGGAAGCUGGAGUUGUAACUGGUAAAGAUGGUGCUUAG